UUGGCGGGCGGACGUUCCUGGGGAUCUGUUUCUUUGAUCCGCGUUUUGAAUGGAGAACAGAUCGGCGCAGAGGCACCUAGGGGCGGUCGAGAACGCGGUCGGCUCGCUUGGAAAGGCUUAUGAACCAUGCCGCCAAUCGCUUGUGCGCCGUGCGACCAAUUUCAUCUCAUUUCGCACCGCGGGACGACAUCCAUCGCGGACCGUCUGCACAUAGCGUAGCAGCACUGAGUAAAUACCUACGUGAGACUUUCUUCCUGUGCGUGACGUGUGACAGUCCCGCCGUACGGGGCCCAGCGCUGCUUUGGACAGACCGCUCCGCUGUCGAUGCUAGUUGGCCGGUGCCCUAUCCACUGACGCCGCCAUUCCACCAGAGUCCAGUCGCGGACUCGGCUCGAACCUGUCUAACCAUGGUCUUACACGGACCGAGACGCGUCGAGAUUUCUGGGCGCGGAUUGUGUGCUGGUUCCAGAAGUAAGUCAGUCCGCAGGCGGGCAUGGAAACUCGGACCCAACAAAGGCUCAAUGUGGCCACGAAGAAGUCAUCUAGCGGUGAUCGGAUGCACAACCUUGACGGACAUCCAUAUGACUCUGUGCUUCCAUCCCGCAGGAUGGAGGACUGUAAACUACGAUUACCAUGAAAGCUCUGUGCUAAUAAGCAGAUUACUGUUUCUUACUCCACAACCAGGCCCAAUGCUCGCCCCCUCGCUCAUGAGAUUCGUUCCUGGCCAACCCAAAAGCUCCCAUAGAUGAAACUCCUCCAAUUGGUCGGUAAUGUUAUUAGACGUGUCCAGACAUCCGC